CUUUAAAAAUAAAGGUUUCAAAAAGAGUGGUUAUCUUAAUAGGAGAAAUGGACAUCAUCCACCUGAAAAAUGUGAAAUCGGGCCAUGGGGAACCAAACCAAUAGUUAUUCAAGUUGAUGAAUUAACCUGGAAUUGUGAUGAAAAAGGUUUCAAAUAUAAAACAUGUAAUGAUAAGGAUAUCUACAAAGACCAAGUAAUUAAUUACGAUGAAGAAAAACUUCCACAGCGACUUGAUGAUCAAGGACCGGAAACUGGCUUGUAUCUCAUAAUUGAUGGUGAAAGCAAAUCAGGAAAACGUGCUAACAGUCAAUCC